CAUCUGCUUAAAAUGGCGCGUGGCAGCCAAAAGCCAUUCAAUGAAACAAAAAAAAAAAGCCACUGAAGAUACCGUAAAAGUAAUAAACAAGAGAAAAAGGAAACACUGAGAGAAAGAGCUGAUUCAGCGGUGUCUGUGUCAGAAAUCCCAAGAAACCCUGAUCCUGAGCUGAAACUUGACUUUGAGGCUGACGAACUUGUCUUGUCUUGUAUUAAACGAUCAUCACCACCACCAUCCUAUCUUCCUCGCACCAAAGAGAACAAAACCGUUAGAGCCGAGUUCACUGUACAUACAACUUUGUCAGUAGGGCUCAGUGUCACUCGUCUAUCGACACAGCCUCAUGCCAAGAGAGCUUGUUCGAGGGCCAAGAGCCGAGUAAGCAGGGUCGAAGAUCGGUAGUUGUGUGUUAUUUUUUCUCUACCUAUCGAUCGAUCUUGUUUGUUGUAUAUGUAAUCCUCUUUUUUUUCUUGCCUUGCGUAAGACCAUACCAAGACCCAAGACCUCUGCAAUAGCUUGAGACACGGACACGACAGGGAAAUAAGUACAAGCGGGGAGUGGAUUCUAGGUUCUUAAGACCGAGAGAGAAGCUUACUUACAACUUACACCACUUCACUUUACUUCACUUCACCUUUGCUUCUCAGCUUCUCUCCAACAGGACAUGGCAGAACUCCGCCCUUCUUCCUCGACAAAUGGAAAUCAUCACACCCCAGGACUAUCAGAACAACGCUCGCAAGCGACAGCGUCGCAGUCUUCGUCCCUGUGAUGCCUGUCGGAAGCGCAAGACUCGCUGCGUUACAAAGGACGGCGACGGUGACUGCGUCCACUGCCAGCUGAGAGCUACGCCGUGUACCUUUCAGCAUGAUCCUCCGGAGCGACAGGUCGCCAGCGGUAGUGGCAGUAGUGGUGUUACCGGUCCAAACUCAAAUACAAUCUCCCUGCAACAGCCGCAGGACGAUGUCGGUCAUGAGGACCAGAGCCAAACGUCAGCGCGGAGCAUGAGCCAGAGCCGGAAAGCGUCGCGAGACGAUGUCCAAUCUGUUCACUCCGUCCCCUCGGUCCAGGCAUUUUUAUCUCCUGCUGAAACCCGAGCUUCUGCUGAUAGCGGCAUUCCUCUCGCUCCGCCCUCUGUCAUGGUCCCUGAGCUUGGUCCCCUGGAUCGCACUAUGGGAUGCUCGUCUACGCGGUUUGCAGAGCUUUAUGGUCUUGGGAGCGAUAUGGAACCUAUACUAAUGCGACAUCGACCCUACGAUCCUCAGACUCACGAGUUUAGUCUCGACACACAUGCUAUUCGACGCGUGCUGGAGAGAGAUGACGGUCAGGAGUAUCCCUUGACAUUUCACAUGGCUCGUGACGAAAAAGCAGUUGAAGGCGAUCCGACAUUUUCUCAGGUCGACGCCAUCGAGAGUUGUGUUCGUCCUCACGGCCCAAGUCUCGUUGAGCUCUUCUGGAGACACGUCCAACCUUGCUAUCCCAUCCUCUCCAAGGACCCCUUUACCCUUGCCUACAGCCAGUCAUACCGACGGAUUCCCGCCGCCCUCCUCGGAGCCAUCUAUCUAUCCGCCAUUCGCUGGUGGACCUACGACCCUGAGCUCUCCAUCAGAAACCCCCCUGACGCCGCCCUCCUCCGCAGGAUGCUACGGUCUGCCAUACCGGCAUCUUAUCACCGCCCAAAGCUCAGUUCCAUCCAGGCCGCCCUCCUUCUGCUGCAGUGCCAGCCCGAGGACCCCCUCAACCCGGACCACACGUUCCAAUGGGGCCUGACCUGCCAGGCGCUUGCGAUCGGCCAAUGUCUUGGGCUUCACCUUGAUGCGAGCAACUGGACUAUUCCGCAAUGGGAGCGCAAUGUUCGCAAGCGGCUCAGCUGGGCGCUAUUCAUGCAGGAUCGCUGGACGGCAUUGGCUUACGGACGUCCUGUGCAUAUUCACGACGAUGACUGGACAGUGGGCGAUCUUACACCGGGCGAUUUUUCUGAUUUCGACAGCGAAGGCCACGCAGCUUCGGUGUCCGCUUCUGGAUCGGUUUCUAGUUCUGUUUCUGUAUCUGGCUCUGAUGAUGACCGGAGAUCUAUUGCUGCGACUGGCAUGACGCAGUUUAUACAGAUGGUGCGGUUGACGCAGAUUCUAUCCGUUGUCUACUCCAACUUUUACACAGCGCGGACCUGUCGUGAGCAAGAUACCAUUAUUCUCUGGGAAAAAGCCCGGCCGCUGUUCGAGAUGUUGACGAAUUGGUACCAUAGCAUUCCGCCGACACUGCAGAUGAACGUUAUUUACCAGCGCAAACUGUGCUUCCACGGAUAUCUGCACUUCUCCUACUACGGCGUCGUAAUGACCCUGCUGCGCCGCUUAAUACGCUCUACAGCACUCCCACCGCGGUGUUCGGACGAUCGAGUCCUCUCCAGCAUUCGACAGAUUGCGCUUCAGACAGCUCAGAGCGCCAUAUCUUUUGUUAUAAGCUUGCGACCUGACCAUCUCGAGGCGUUUUGGUACUUCACGUCACCCUACCUCUUCUCGCUCCUCGGCUCCUUCACCACAUUACUUCUCGUCACUUCGUUAUCAUCGCAGGAGCGACAUUUCUGGCAGGAAACCCUGAACUCGUAUCUUUGGAACCUUCGCAUGAUGAGCAAAAGCCACCAACCGAUGCAAUAUGCAGUUAAUCGACUGGAGGGGGCUAUAUUGCGCGGCCUGGAGCAUUCUCUUGCGGUAAAUUUGAAUGAGCCGCUUAAUGAUAAAGUUAGCCCCAUGAUGGGCAAUUAUGGUGCUGAUGUUUAUGAAUAUACUGAUUUCGGCGACUGGGACCUCGCUGCGGGCGCGUCGGGGCCUUAUGAUCUUCUCAGCGGUUUGGUCAUUCAACCAAAUCCUAUGAUGCCGCAGAGAGAUCUUGGAUGAAGGGGCCGCAAAUGGGAGGAAUGCGGCGGAAAGGUUAAUAGAAGAAAUUAGUCAGCAUCUUCGAGGCCAUUGUCAGACUCAACUGAGCUGUCCUUGCAACCCCUCGAAUGCCGCAUAUUAAUAUCAACUAAAUCAACCAUACCAUCUUCCACAAACCAUCCCAACCUGCGCACACCGUCACGCUCGCCGCUUGCCCAGUUGGGCGGUAUAGGUAGUCGGAAACUCAGCGCUCGUCCUCCGCAGAAUACCUCGACGAGCUGACCCCUCAAAAAGAGGAAGACUCCAUCGACGAGACUGACGUUAUCGUGUCGUACUAAUUCGGGACCGUCGACAGGUCGGGGGAUAUAAAUACGGUACUGAUCUGCCCAGAAAUCGUCGAGGGGUGGAAAGUCGGUCAUGAGGGCGACGGAGAAGAAGCCGUUUCCCUGCGAGUUGAACUGGAGACGAUGACCUUUACCUGAGCUGUCGGUCUGAAGCAUGACGCCAAAAGUAUGGGCAUCACAAGCUGCGACUUUGAAGUCUACCAUGAGAUCCUUCUUCCACUCCGCAGAGCCCAGCUCAGGGAAAUGAGUCGCUGUUGUGCCGAGGGAGCAGAGAUAUAAGCUUGGAGCAGCAUUGCUAGGCGAAACAGGCUUGGAGCAUCGCCAUAUGUAACUUCUAAACUCUUGAGAAGCAUCAAUGCGCAGGCAGGCGUUUGUGUCCGCCCACAUAACUCUAGUGACACCAAGAUCACCUCCCCAAAGCCACUUCUUCUCAUCGUCCGCGUAGUCUCCAAUCCAGCCAAAGGUGAUUCUCUUGUCGGGAUCUCCCGCUUUAGGGCAUGACUUGGCUGCGUACCAACGGCGCCCGUCGAGUCGGCCAUGAGAUCCAUCCCUUGGCACGCGGAAUGGUCCGUAUGGUGCGUCAGCGAUGCGAUAUACUGUUCCUGCAUUGGGAGCGUGGAAGCGCGAGUACACAAGAUACCACUUUCCGUUGGGCAGUGUGAAGAUCUCUGGACAUUCGGGACAGAAGACGUCGUUGGGGGCGUAUAGAGGUUCAGGCGCAACGGUCCAGGCCUCGAGAUCCGGGGAUGUUAACAAUGCGAUGCAUCCGCGACUCCAAUACGGGCCAUUGGCCAGUCGAGUAGCUACAAGCAUCCAAUAUCGACCUUCGGCGCGGUUAUAAAAGACAAAGGGAUCUCGAAAGUCAAUGUCCUCAUACUUAUCGAGUCCUUGGGGAUGAAUUGUGACUGGUGUUGCGUCUUUCUCAAACCUCGCACCAUGAAGAUCUUUUGCUUUGGCACGAAGUAUCGUCUGUCGACCAUUUUGCGACAAAUUAUACCCCGUGUAAAAGAUGUUCAUGUUUUGGUCCAAGUCAAGCACCGUGCACCCAGUCCAAGCACCAUCGGCAUCUGGAUCAGAGCUUGACUCACCAGGUGACAAGACAGGCUCUGGAUCACGCUCCCAUUCGAUAAGAUUUGUUGAUCGGAGUCGCGACCAUGUUGCUCUUAGACGCUCUGGGUGGUGCUUUGUGGCUGGCGGGGUGCUGAGGUGAAAGACGUGGUAUGUAUCAUCAAUGAGCAGAGGAAUGACAUCGGCGGAAGCUUGGUAGUUUGAUUCGCGAGAGUAGGGACAUGAUUCGGGUGGUGGGGUUGGAACAGGGAGUAUUGAUCGCAUAAUCGUGGUGUUGAGAGAGUGUGAAGCAGAGUACUGUGCUGUAUUUGGUGGUGGUGGUGGUGGUCAUCCAGGUUGAAGCUGUCUGUUAGUUGACUGCGAACGAAAUAAAGUGAAGCAACGUCUAAUUAUAUCCAUUUCGGAGACAACCUUUCUUGGCGUUCUCAAUCCAAUGAUACCUUAGGUUAGGGAGUGAUAGCUCAACUACCUACACUACAGUAGCCGAAUGGUCGAAGCUUUUUCUUCAAGAC